AUAACAUCGACAUCAGAAAUGCCAAAGAGUUUUCAUAUCGAUUUAAGAAUUUAACAAAUGGUAAUAAUGGUAAUAAUGUGGAUCCACAACGCGUUGAAAAAUUCAAUAUUUUAAUGAGAGAUUUGACUGAAAUUGGAUGGUCGGGAACAGUGAGUAUGAAAUUUUUCGCAAAAUAUCGUUGGUUUGAAUCACUGUGGUUGUUCGGUCAAAUGCAACGGCAAAUAGAAGUGUAUCACAGUCAUGCCGAACAAUGGUAUACCAUUCAUGAAAUGUUUCGUAACAAUCCGAACUUUCAAGAGCCAACAAUCAAUCGACCACCAAAAAUAAGCAGUUUUGCUCUUAUACCAUUAUGCGACUACCAUUUGAAAAACGUGCGAUUGGACAUUAAGGACUUGUAUUAUAAAAUUGUAAACGAGCUUGAUUUGGUGCCUUCUUUUCUCAAUACGUAGACCAACCGGAUGAAUAAGAGAAAUUUAAAGUACUACACCCAAACUGAUCGAUCAGGUCUAUGGAAUAUGUUGUUCGAUGUCGGUAAAAUAAAUAAAUUGGGCAAAUCGAAACCAUUCCAUCAUCAGAUUUUGACCGAUAGUGUUUCAAUAUCCAUAAUGUACAAGAAACCACAGCGACAACAACGACCACAGCAAACAACCCAAGCGAAUCGGGGGCCGGAAAAACUCAUUGGCAAGAAAUACAUCAUUGGAAUCGAUCCGAAUGAAAAAUCGUGGUUAACUGUAGUGCGUCGCAACAUUCAAAAAACACCUGAUGAGCCGGCUGUUGAGGAAAACAUUAUAAUACCAAACCAGCGUUUUCAUUGGGAAACUCAGCAGAAAAAACGAGACAAAGAAGCGAAAAAGUUGGCUGGAUGGUUUGAUAUCGAAGAGAAGGAACAUCUCAAAACCUACCCAUAUCGUCCACCAUCACCACGUAAUUCAACAUGGAAAUCAUACAUUGAAUAUCGCAUUAAAAUGUUACGAAAAGGAAUGGCAGCUUAUGCGACGCGUGAAUAUGCACGACUGGAUUUAGACCAUCACAUUCGCUCGACCAGAGUAAAUGAUCAAAUCGCCGUGCGUGUGACAAACAACAAACCGUCGUUGGUUCAAUUUGGUGCUUGGGCGAUGAAACCCGAUCGACCGUUUGGAAUAAAAAAGCGUAAAAGAUGUCCGGGAUCGCGUAAGUUUCGUGUGAGCAUUAAGAAACUUGGACAUUCAGAAGUUGAAAUGCAAGAUGAAUGGGGAACAUCACAAACAUGCGCGAAUUGUCAGGAACGUUUUCCAAGGCACACAAAAGAUGAUCGAUUUAAAGUGUGCUACGAUUGUAGAGCGAAAAAGAUUGAUGGCCUGCCAGAUUCAGUCGCUGGACUGCCAGAUAUCAUUGUGUCAACGGUCAACAGACGUGUUUUGAGAAGAAAACGUGCAAUUAUUAAGCGACAAAUUAUCGAUGGCAAUCGUGAGGCUGUGAACGAAAAAAUUCGGACUGGGCGUUUAAUCUCAAAGGUUAAAGUUACCUACAAAAAUUGGCCAUUAAAUGUUGAUGAUGAUGAUGUUGUUCCACAAACAGUUACUUGGCACCGAGAUAUUGUUGCAGCAAAAUGCAUUAUGCUCAAAGGUAUGAAUCAAUUGGAAACAGAAUAUUCAUUAUUUAAUGUAUUUGCUUUAAAUUACAUAGGACUUUGCCGGAUCUUUGAUGUACCAUUGCCAGUUUCAUUGUUAAGACCGCCGGACUACAACAACAAUGUCAACUAACAAACAUCAUCAAUUAAUCAUACAUUCAAAAAAUUACAUAAAAUAAAAUAUUUUAAUUAUUAUAGUUAGCUUAGCUAGACAUGAACAGACUAUAUAAAGUCUUGUGGUCUAGUUGUACAAUAGUACAACAUUGUACGGAGGGGGAGUGCCCGUAGGGAUUGAAUAAAAUUCAUAUAUUAUAAUAUUUUGCAAAGGAAAUGUCUCUCGGUUUUCUCAUGCCAAAAAGUUCCCAUUACACAAUAUUCUAGCGUUAAAAUGAAACACACAUUACUCCCAACCAUCACACCAAAAGGAAGGUAUGACCGGCUAUUAUUACUCAAGUGAGGUGCUAUUUACUCUCGUCCCUUGAUAGCCAAUAUUGAUACUGUCGAUUUUACUUGUUUACUAAUAAUAAGUAUUGUGAAAAUGACCUACAGGUCAUAUGCAUUUUAUUCGAACAGAGUCUAGGUGAGAGGAAUUUAAAAAUUAUGAUAAGAGCAAACAUGGCAUAAAACGAAGUGUAUCUCAUUUCGUUUUGAAUAGUUAUUUGCUCAUCUCGGCACUGUUACAAUCAAAUCAAAAUGAAAGAAUUUUAUAUUUUCCUCAUCUUUGCUGUUUUGGUAGCUGUUUGCUCUGUAUCAGCUACUGACGACCGAUGUAAUGCCCGCCAGCAAAAUGGAUUGUGUCAACUGAAAGAGGAGAAGUUUUUUUACAACAAAAAUACCAAUCGUUGUGAAU